AUGCCACCAAAAGAAUGGAGCGACCUCGAACUUCAGAUAGCUGGAGCCUUGAGUGAGCACCACUCCCAAUAUCCUUUCAAUUUUCACAGCACUAAUACUUUCCACCAGACACCGGCAAAGCGCGUAAACCCGAUCUCACAGGCCCACUUCACCCCCUCUUCAAACCAGAACGGUGGAGAUACUAUAACAAACUAGACUACGACCUCCUCCUCCCAUCCAUGCAUCUAGCAAGCAACCUCCUAGAAGUCGGCCUCCCAUACAUCGCCAACUUCCUCCCGAGCGAGCAAUACGAAAAAGUGAAAAACGGACCCUACGAUGAAAUCGACCUGCAAGAGGACGGCAACACGAGAAAGGCCGGCGAAUUCCUCGAAGCCCUCGCCGAGAACGUGACCUGGGAACUGAACGCGGAUAUGUUCCACACCAUGAAUGCUUGGGGGAUGAAUAUCCUCACCGACCAGCGCCAACCGUGGCACCACGAGACGUGGGAGGAGAUCAUCGACCAUGAUCGCCAAGCGCAGCAGGAGGAGAAUCCGAGUCCCUUGCGACGUAUCACGAUUGGAAUUGCGUCACAGUAUAUUGAAUAUCUUUCGGGAACGCGGGACGAUAGCGAGCAACAUAUCCGAGCCAUCUGGCACGCGGCCAUCACCAUGGUCCACGAGAUUGGACAUUUCAUCUGGAACUGUCGCUUUACCAACAUCGCCUUGCCCGAUGGCGAGCCCUAUGUAGGGGAUAUGUGUGUAGCCGAGUUGGGAACGGCGUUCAUUUCGUGGAUGUUCAGCGGGCAUACGCCUAACACCAUUGCCACGGACAAACUGAGCAACCCCUUCCUACGACCGCUCAUCUGGCGAAAGGAAAAGACCCUGGGGGAUCUGGCAAAGCUUGGACCCGGGAAUCGUCCUCAUUACGUGACGUAUUGGUCUAUGACCAGCAAGUAUCUCGAAGACAUGCUCUCGCAAAAGUUCUGGAGCGACUUGGGGGGCGUGAGGGAGGGGAAUUUCGCCCAGAAGGCAAAACUUAAGAUACGCCCCGGUAUGAUUACCGGGAAACCCAAGCCCGCAACGGCGUUCAUCCGCGACUGGGAAUUGGUUCAGAAUCUCCCGGUAUGGAGGAUCGAGGGGAGAGAUAGAACUCCCCGACCCGACUCGCUGAGGGUUCUCCUCACGAAAGCCGAGAAGCAGUUGGCGCGAUUGGAAAUGAAGGAGGAAGAAGAAGCCAGGAUGGAGAACGUGGUUGCGGCUGGCAUCGAAGAUCCACAAUGGAUGAGGAAUCGAGCGCGCAUCAACGAUGGGGUUAUUCUCCCGGACAUUGACGUGACUCUUUACAAAGAGGAUACGACAUAUGAGGGAGAAGUGAGAGCGUUUUAUGAUCCGGAGAAACCGCCCCAGAUCCAGCAAACCGAGACGAUCGAAGUGAGAUUCUGGUCUCUCCCUGAGAACCAUCCGUCUGGCCUCACAGACAAAUCAACAAUCUACAAUGCCUACGAACGCUGGAAAUACGGACUGGAAGCUCCGCUAGAUGGACAUAGCCUGGAGGAUGUAAAGGCUGUCAUAGAUACCACAACACACCGUAACAUCUUGAACCGCUUUACUCGUGCCCAGGCACUGGAAUUCGUCAAGAUCCGUCGUCUGGGUGCCUUCCAAAUCCCACCCGAGAAAUGGCUACAGGACCAGAAACUCUCACUUGAGAAAGACAGCAUCACACUCGCUCGAAUCGAGUUUUUCCUCCUUGUCAAACUGGUCAGGCACUAUGAGAAACGGCCCUCCCUAACCAUCGACGAGAAGAUCGUCUCAUCCUGGUGCUGCGGCCGCAUUGUCGAUAUCGCGAGAAGCAAAGUCCUGGCAUAUUGGAACGUGAAAUCCAUGUACGCGCGAAUUCCAGAAGACAUUCGCAACGAGAACCCCUACGAGGAAGGAGAAGACGAGAAAGCGCAUAUGGAAAACACGAUCCGGUACUGGUACCAAAACAAGCAAAGCGUGUACUUCGAGACGCUCAAGAUGCGACUGGGUAGCAAGGAGAGGGUCGAAAACGCGCUGUGGGCGCUAUCGAUGGGUAUUCAUACGGAUCCCAACCGCUCCAUGCCCUCAUGGAGCGUGGAAGACCUGCGCGAGUAUUUGACGAGGAACAAGCUCCCGACCUGGGGCGACUAUGCGGCAUGGGUAGAACGCUACUACGCCUGGGAGUACGAGACGAAAUACGGGUAUCCGCGUUAUCGACCGCUCUUGAAAGACCUCCGGGAUCGUUGGCGAAGCCCUGGCGAGGAGAUGUACGUCUUCCAAGUGGAUCCACGACAGACUUCUGUUCACGCUCUCAAGAGCACACUCUAUACCACAGGUCAUUUCCCUGCGGAUUGCAACCUCGUUCUGCGCAAUUUCAACGGCGGACCUCGUCCACUUAAAGACUCUGACCCCCUCAGUGUCGCCUUGGAAGAAAGAGACGGAGUCCUAAACAAGAUCCUCAUCUGCGAAGUCGACGAACCCGUCCCUCGCUACAUCAUGGACCAAAAACUCAAAGGGAACACCCAACCCACCCUCUGGAACCGUCCCCAAGCCCUCCACCGCCUCACCGCCAACCAGCGCAAGGAAGAACUCGUCCACGCUCGCUACAACUCCGAACAAAUCCCGCCGCUCAACACGAAACUCACGCUGCAAGAGCGAUUCGCACACAUCCAAACGUCCGCCACGCUCUUAGACCAGGCCAUGCAGCCCGACAACGGGAAUUUAAAGGCGCAGACAGGGUCGGCAAUGGCUGCUUCGGCUCUGCUUGAGCAGAUGGAGGAUUACGAGGAUCUGCUUGAGAAGCGUUUGAGGGGUGGGAAGUCCACGCGAGGUGAGUUGUUGGAUAUGUUGGCGGAGGAGGAAGAUCGUAAGAAGCGGAAGAGUCACAUGAGGGAUUUCGUCAGCGGACUCAAGAGAAGGAAUAUCGGGCUGGGAACCAAGAGUCGAUUGGGGAAUUGGGAGGAAGAUGUUCUGGCGCCGUGGAAGCCGGAAGAAACGGAAGGAAGUGCGUAUUCCCCGGCGAAGGGAUAUUCAGCUGCGAUGAAAAGAUCAUCGGCUUCCGUGACGAGACCUAGUGUGACGAGGGAGAAGAUCUAUGUCGUCCCAAGUGGUGGAGAAACAGACACUGAUGAACCGAUUGUGGUUGACUUGGAUCCUGAUGAUGAGAUGGUGACGGCGGAUGAGGCUGUGGGCGAGGAUGAGAAUAUGGAGGGUGAAGAGGAUGACGAGGAAGAGGAAGAGGAAGAGGUAUCUUCAACCGAGUAUCAAUCUCUAUGA